AUGCAUCGACGAAACUGUGAUCAAGCCGUUGCUCUUAGUAUGUCUGUUGAAAGUCAAUUAACAAAUCAGGAUAAUGGAACAACCAUUUUAUUGGAUGAAACUCAACCUGUUAACGACAGGAGGUCGUCUUCAAUCAUUCAUACACCUGAUAAGCUUGUUUGGACUGCUGGUGUUGGAAAUACGGAAAUGUUUGAAUAUUUAGUAUGUAUAGAUCCAGAAAAAUUGCGAAUGCCAAAUGCUGAUGGUUUAUGUGCAAUUCACCAAGCGGCAAUUAAAAAUCAAAUUAAAAUAAUGGAAAUUAUUGAACGUCAUCACGGAGGCAAGCAAGUUAUAAAUAAUUUAAUUCAUCUCUUUUUAUAUUUAACAACUUUAGAUUUGAAUGAAAUUGAUCAAAAUGGUUGGACAGCCUUACAUCACGCAACAAGACACGGCCAUUUAUCUCUCAUGCAAUGGUUACUUGAUCAUGAAAACGUUGAUAGUCGAAAGAAAAAUGAUGAUAAUGAAGCUCCGGUCCAUGUGGCUAUUUUAAAUAAUCAACUUGAAGCAUUAAAUUUGCUGCUUUCAAAUCGACAUGAUGUUGUAAAUUUAAUUGGUGGUCGAAAUCAUGCGACGCCCUUGCACUAUGCUUCAUUGAUGGAUAACCUUGAAGUUGCAAAAAUUCUGACAUCUUAUAAUGCUCGUUUAUGUCAACCAUGUGGCGCUGGUUUAUAUCCGGUUCACGUAGCAGCGUCAAAUUCAUCAAAUAAAGUAUUUAAACAUAUUUGUGAAGUUGCUACUUCGCUAGGAUAUGAUCCAAUUAGCAUAUUCAAUUUUUGUGAUUUUGAAAACCAUACAGCAAUGCAUUCGGCCGUUAUAGGUAACACGUACUAUCCACAGUCAAACACAAUGAUCGCCAAUGCUUUUUUGGAUAACGUUGGGACAAAAAAAGUAGAGUUUCGAGACGAAAUCGGAUUUGACCUUGAGAAUGGGUCUUGGGACCACAAGAGUGCAUUUUUGAGACCUUGCUUACCAGAAACCGAAACGGGUCAAUCAAACGUGACCCGAACCCGACUCGACCCGAACGAUGAUUUGUCGACGCCAGUACAUUUAGCCUGUGCUCAGGGAACUUUGGAACUUGUUAAGUUAAUGUUUGACAGUCAACCAGACUUGAAAAAGAAAGUACUUGGAAUACGUGAUAUACAAGGAAUGACAUUGUUACACAGAGCAGCAAUGUUCGAUCAUAUUGAUGUUUGUGCUUAUCUACUAGAAGCGGGCAUAGAUAUCGAUGUGUGUGACAACAAUAAACGAACAGCUUUGUUAUUGGCAGCUACUGAAUGUUCAUUACAAUCCGUUCGUUAUUUAUUAUCUUGUGGUGCAUCGAUUCUACUUCGUGAUAUUUAUGAUCGUAACUUGUUACAUUAUAUCAUUAUUAAACAGUUAAACGUGAAAGAGAUUGCUGAGCAAUUAUUUUCUAGACAUAAUUAUCAUUUGUUAUUUGAUCAACGUGAUAGAGAUGGAUUCUGCCCCGUACAUUAUGCCAGUAAGGAUGGACAAUUAUCAAUAUUACAAUUUUUAAUCAAAAUGGGAGCUGAAAUUGGAAAUAAAACAAAUCAGAGACAAUCUCCAUUACACUUUGCUGCACAAUAUGGUAGAUAUAACACGUGUAAACAACUGCUUGACACAACCGAUUUCAAACGUAUUAUUAAUGAACAAGACCAUUUAGGACAAACUCCAUUACAUCUUUCUUCACAGAAUGGUCAUACAAAUAUUGUUGAAUUACUCUUGCACAGAGGUGCACUGUUCAUUAAAACAUAUGACGGUAAUUCACCGUUGCACGAGGCAGCAGCUAAUGGUCAUAUUAAUACAAUACGUUCAAUAUUACAAACUCAUAGUCAUUUGGUUAAUGUACAAAAUCUGGAUGGUCAAACUCCACUGCACAGAGCUUCUUAUAACGGUCAUCCCGAUUGCGUUACACUGUUAUUGUACUCGAAAGCUGAAUUCUUGAAAGAUCGUCAUGGAGAUACAUUUGUAGAUUUAGCAAUUGAACAAAAGCAAAAAGAUGUGUGUUUGGCAAUCAUUGCUCAUGAUAGGUGGAAGGAGGCGUUUGAUUUACCGUGUCCAAAAUAUCGAACCCCUUUACUGGGUUUGAUAGAACAUCUUCCAGAAUGUGUUUCGGUAGGCUAA